AUGGCUAUCAUACACGACCAAACACCUCGCAAUGUCGACGGCAAACUACAAAUCAUGAGUCUGGAAGAGUUCAAGGAAUGGCUUAAAAAAUUUGAUAGUAACGGAGACGGCCGGAUUAGCAAAGAAGAACUCAGGCAGGCCAUCCGUGCAAAGGGAGGGUGGUUUACACGGUGGAAAUGCAAGGACGGACUGAAGUCAGCGGACAAGGACGGCAAUGGAUUCAUCGAGGAUGACGAGAUGAGCUACCUCAAAGAUUUUGCUCUCAAGCAUCUCGACCAAGACAAACCUCGCGAUUUCAAAGGCAAACAUCAAAUCAUGACUUCAGAAGAGUUCAAGAAAUGGCUUAAAAAAUUUGAUAGUAAUAAAGAUGGCCGGAUUAGCAAAGAAGAGCUCAGGGAAGCUAUGCGUGCAAAGGGAGUGUGGUUUACAAGGUGGAAAUAUAAGAGUGGAAUGAAGGCAGCAGACAAGAACCGGAAUGGAUUCAUCGAGGAUGACGAGAUGAUCUACCUCAAAGAUUUUGCUCUCAAGCAUCUUGGUAUCAAAAUUGUAACGUCUUAA